CUGUCGUCGACGUCAUGCGCAGCGUGGCGAUGAUGAGGACGGUCCGCCGCCGGUCCAUGAGCAGCAUGGCCGCGUGGAAUCGCGCGGACGUGGAAGUCUCGAUCGGCAGCGUUCGCACCGAGUGGCGCAAUGGCGUCCGGCGGCUCGCGGCCUUUCCGGCGCUGCAACAAGUCGCGCUCGAGACCGCGGCCUUCUUCACGGACCCGCGUGACAUUGACUUUGGCUACCCGCGCACGUUUCGCACCAAGUACACGCUCGGCGCCCAGCUCGGCGAAGGCGCGUUUGGCACUGUGUACCAAGUAGCGCCUACGGACGACGCCGUGACGCUCGACUUGGCGGUCAAGGUCAUCCAAAAAGAUCGGCUGGCGUCGCGCAAGGACUUUGUCGCGCUGCGCCAAGAAGCCCGCAUCAUGAUGCUGCUUGGCGGCACGCUCAACGUCGUCCACUACUUUGGCGCGUACGAAGACGACCGCGCGGUGUACCUCGUCAUGGAGCACUGCGUCGGCGGCGAGGCGUAUGCGCGCCUCACGACGACGACGCUCGCGACCGAAGACGACCGCGCCGCGUCCUACAUGCUCAACGUCCUUCACGUCGUGUGGCAGUGCCACCUUCUCGACAUUCUGCACGGCGAUCUCAAGCUCGAGAACUUCCUUUUUGCCGACGACCAAGUGGACUCGCCGCUCAAGCUCACGGAUUUCGGUGGCGCCGCGUUUGUCUUGCCGAAUGCGGUCGUGUCGGGACUCCGAGGCACGCCCUUGUACACGGCACCUGAAGUGCUCCACGGCAAGUAUGCGCUGCCGGCCGACAUGUGGAGCUGCGGCGUCAUUUUGUAUCGGCUCUUGAGCGGAUCGUUUCCCUUUGAAGGCGCCCUCAUCGACGAGCAGAUUCUGCACGCGCCCAUCGAUGUCGAGUCGGGCGUCUGGGCAAACGUCUCGCCGGACGCAAAAGAUCUGGUGCGCAAGCUGCUCGAGCGAGAUCCCCAAGCGCGAUUGACCGCGCACGACGCGCUGCGCCACCCGUGGAUGGCGCAAGCAUUUAAGGAGCGCAAAGACGCGCGCAGGCAGGUCCCGCGGCACCUCGGCGGCACCAUGAUCCAGCGGCUACAGCUCUACCGCACCCUCAACGGCUUCCAGCAAGCUGUGUUUAUCGAAAUGACCAAGCGCGUGUCCAAAGCGAGCAAGGUCGAGCUCGCAGUGCUCUUCUCUGAGAUCUGUGUCGACGGCGCGUCUUCGAUUGGCGUCAAGGACCUCGCGCGCGGCUUCCAGAACGGCGGCUACAAGCUGACGUGGGGCGAGGUGAAGAGCUUCUUGAGUCGCAUGGACAUUGACGGCGACGGCGUCAUCUCGUUCGAUGAGUUUUGCUGCGCGUUUCUCGACUGGCACGAGAUCCAGCAAGAUGCAGCCGAGUGGCCGAUUCUCGUUCAAACAGUGUUCGCCACGUUUGACACAGAUCGCGACGGCAUGAUCCGCGUCGCCGACCUCGUUCCGCACAUGCCAGUGCGCAUGGUGCACACGUUUCUGAGCGACGUGCAGCGCUGCUUUGCGCACGCCGACUCGGACAAGGACGGCGCGAUCAACUUGGUGGAGUUCGAGCGCAUUCUUCUCAUGCAAGACGAGGCGUGGACGGCCUUUGCGCCGCGGUACCUCUGGCACUAGUCCACGUCGUGAGGCGGCAACGAUCGUACUGAUAGAGGCGAUGUGGCCAAACAUUUAUCCGACUGUAGUAUACUAGAAUACAUGUUUUACAAUGAAUUUCGAGUGGUGGUUAG